AUAUUUGCGCAGUUCCCCCGGAUUUUACUGACAUUACACCUCAUCCCGCCCGGUUUCCCCUGAACAGGAUGGACACUCUGGAGUCAGAGUUGACCUGCCCAAUCUGCUUGGAGCUCUUCGAGGACCCACUGUUGCUCCCCUGCGCCCACAGCCUAUGUUUCGGCUGCGCUCACCGCAUCCUAGCCUCGCACUGCGCCACUCACGAACCGGUCCAAAGUAUCAGCGCUUUCCAGUGCCCUACGUGCAGAUAUGUUAUUUCCCUGAGCCCUGAGCGUGGACUGGAAGGACUCAAAAGAAACGUGACCUUGCAGAACAUCAUCGACAGAGUUCAGCGGGCCUCGUCUUCGGGCGGGCUUCCUCAAAGCGGGCCCAACUCGCCCGGGGAAGAAGACGGCGAGCGCUUGGCCCUGGUCCCCGUGAGCGCCGCCAUGUCGAGCCCGGACACCCCUCCGGAACCGGUCCAGUGCCAGUUCUGCGAGCAGGAGCCGCCGCAGGUGGCGGUCAAGACCUGCGUCACGUGCGAAGUGUCGUACUGCGAGGAAUGCCUCAGGGCUACUCACCCUAACAAGAAGCCGUUUACCGGACAUCGACUUAUUGAGCCGUUGCCGGGCUCGCACCUGCGAGGCUUGCAGUGCUUAGAGCACGAGGAGGAGAAGGUCAACAUGUACUGUGUGACUGACGACCAGCUUAUUUGCUCCCUCUGCAAACUAGUGGGGCGACACAGAGAUCACCAAGUGGCAGCGUUGAGCGAGCGCUUUGAAAAACUCAGGCAAGCCUUGGAUUCCAAUUUGAGUAAUCUGAUCAAGAGGAACAACGAGCUGGAGUCGCUCAUGGGGAAACUGAUUCAGACUUGUCAACAUGUGGAGGAUACUCACCGAGGUCAAAGAAACACUUGGAAGUACCUCACACGAUGGAUUCCCUCACAGGUGAAUGCAUCCCGGCAGGAGGGCAAGCUCUUGGACGAGUGUGACACUCUGAUCGACAUCAUCCAGCAGAGGAGACAUAUCAUUGGCAACAAGAUAAAGGAAGGGAAGGCGCAAAGGUUACGCAAACUGGCCCAGCAGAUCUCAAACUGCCAGCAGUGUAUCGAGAGGUCCUCUGUGCUAAUCAGCCAAGCCGACCAGACGCUGAAAGAGAGCGACCACGCGCGCUUUCUGCAGACUGCUAAAAGCAUCAACGAGAGGGUUUCCAUGGCAACCGCGUCCACCCAAGUGCUGAUUCCUGAGAUACACCUGACCGACACGUUUGACAACUUUGCCCUGGAUUUCACCAGAGAGAAGAAACUGCUGGAAAAUCUGGAUUACCUCACUGCUCCGUCUGCUCCUUGCAUUAGAGAAGAAUUGUGCACAGCGUCAUACGAUACCAUCUCAGUACACUGGACAUCUGAGGACGAAUUCAGCGUAGUGUCGUACGAACUCCAAUAUGCCAUCUUCACCGGACAGGCUAACAUUGCCAGUCUGUGCAAUUCCUUGGAGAGUUGGAUGAUUGUGCCCAACAUCAAACAGAACCACUACACUGUGCACGGCCUGCAGAGUGGCACAAAGUACAUCUUUGUUGUCAAGGCGAUUAACCAAGCGGGGAGUCGAAGCAGCGAACCGGGGACUUUGAAGACUAACAGCCAGCCCUUCAAGCUGGACCCCAAAUCUGCACACAAGAAGCUGAAAAUUUCACACGACAACCUGACGGUGGAACGUGACGAGAGCACUUCGAAAAAAGGCCACAGCCAGGAGCGCUUCUCCGGCCAGAACAGCUACGGCGUGGUGGGGAACGUUUAUAUCGACAGCGGGCGACACUACUGGGAGGCCAUGAUUGGGGGAAGUACAUGGUACGCCGUAGGAAUAGCAUACAAGUCGGCGCCGAAACACGAGUGGAUCGGCAAGAACUCUGCUUCGUGGGUGCUCUGUCGCUGCAACAACUCCUGGGUGGUCCGCCAUAACAGCAAAGAGCUGGCCAUCGAUCCUUCGCCACAUCUGCGCAGAGUGGGCAUCCUGCUGGACUACGACGCCGGCUACUUGACCUUCUACGACGCCGUGGGCUCACAGCACCUGCACACCUUCCACGUUUCCUUCGCCCAACCCGUGUGCCCCGUGUUCAACGUGUGGAACAAAUGUCUGACAAUCCUCUCGGGCCUCCCUAUCCCUGACCACCUGGAGGGACUCGAAGCUCAAGAAUAAGCACGACCACCCGUAGUCUACAACACUUCUGCACUUGAAAUAUCCUUUUACUGCCUGUCUUGCAUAUCUAUAAAAGUAAGUCUGUGCCAUUAGGAGAGCGGAAUGAGCAUUCUCCAAGCUUAGCCCGAAGUUGUAACUGAAUAUUUGACACUGAAUUUUUUUGAGUCAAAAUUUUUUGUGACCGUUCAAGACGUUUGCUCGGCAAGUAUAACGACUAACAGCACAUUAAAAUGUUGGUCACAGCAUGUUGUGAUGGGAUGGGUUUGACAGGGAUGGAUUGCUUCUCCCUGGUUACCUGGAUGUUGAAAAUGAUUUUUUUGCAGCAGAAUUUUGUGAUUUUUUAUGGAGCAGCUGAAAUUUUGAUGCUGAAAAUAUCCAGAAUUAGAUUUAAGACGUCCGCCAACGGGGAUCGAUUGCUUCUCCCUGGUUUUGAGACCGAAUUUCUUAACAACUUUCAUGAGUGAAGUUGUUGCAACAGAAUUUUUGCCAGUGAUUUUUUUUGGCAGCUGAUUUUUUUGUAUCUGAAUUUUGAUGCUGAAAAUAUGCAGAAUUAGAUUGAAAACGUCCGCUGCUUCUCCCUGGUUACCGGGAUGUGGAGAUUUUUUUUUGCGACUGAAUUUCUUUGACUCAAUUUUUUUAACGAAUGAAUUUUUGCUACCAAUUUUUUCGCAACCGAAUUUUGAUGCCGAAAUUGUUCAGAAAUAGAUUUUAGAUGUGCGCCGAUGGUGAUCGAUUGCUUCUCCCUGGUUAACCCAAUGUGGAAAACUCAUUUUUUGUGAUUGAAUUUUUGCCGACUAAUCUUUGUAAAUGAAUUUUUUUGCUGUUGAAUUUUGGACGACUAAUUUUUUUUUUUUGUGACCGAAUUCUGAUACUCAAUCAUUCAUUCAAAUCAUUCAUGAUUAGAUUUUAGAUGUUCGCCGACGGAGAUCGAUUGCUUCUCCCUGGUUACUGGAAGGGGAAAUUUUUAGUGGCAGAUUUUUUUUAGACUGAAUUUUUAAAAUCAAAUUUUUUUUGCUACUGCAUUUUUUUGCGGCUGAAUUUCUGUGACUAAAUUCUGUUAGAAUUUUGAAGGGGAACAAAAUUCGGUGUUAGAAAGUCAAAUUCCAUCUCCGUUGGCACAGAUUUACUUCCAAACACAUCUCCACAAAUGUCAGCAUUGAUAUACUGUAUGUUGUUUUGCCUCAGUAAGGAUCCUAAACUGCCAACAUUUGCAAUAAAUGACAAAUAUGACACAUUCCAACAACAUUUAAAGAGUUUGCACAACAUGUGAAAAGGGAAAAUGCAAUUAUUUUGUUUAUAACAGCAAUUCAUGUCACAUUACUAUGUAGAUUUUGUACAUUGAUGCUAUUCAUGUUGAAACGACCAAAGUAGAUGUUGCCAUCUGUCCAGAUUACUUCCAGAUCAUCUAUUUAAAAUGUUUUAGAAAAACACAAAAAAACCAUGCGUUUUAAUAGUUUAUUUAUCUUUGGGGUCUUAUAUUGAAAUGCAAUGGUAUAAUGAAAUACACAUUUGGUCCUGUUUUUGCUAACCUAGCUGUUGUUGAGUAUGUUUUUUCCUUUUAAUAUAUUGCACAUACUUGACCAUUGGAUACAAUUCUAUACAUAAACCUGUAUUUGCCGUCAUGAUUUGCAAUUGUGUUCAUAGUUUGAUAAACGAGAUCAGAGUUUACUUCCUAUUCUAAAUCUAUUGUAAAGAUGACAACUUUAACCCUCUUUUAAAGACGAAAGUGGCACUUUUCAUUACAAUUUCCUCUUCAGAGUGAUCAUCUGUAGCUCGUCAGUGUAAAUAGUGCCAUUUGGUUGUGUGUAUAUUUUAUGUUUCGUGCCAUUGACGGCGAUAGACGGGUAAACGUCAAAAUGGAUUGGACGUCUAUCGCUGUCAAUGAAAUGAGUCGUAUAACUGUCCUGAUGUGCUCUGCCUGCAUGGACAUUGGUAGGAACAUUGAUUAGGGACUUUUGUCUUACCCGUUUACUGAUAAGUAAAACAUUAAAUUUUAAUUUGUACAAUAAGGAACAUGGCUUCUUAUUUUUCUCUACUAAAGCUUGACCUUUUUGCUCACUGAAUGGAAUGCAACAAAAGCGAAUAACGCUGUCAUAACUAUGACAUGACAUUGUCAUGAGCAUUAUUGAGUAAGUAUGACAGAUGUUAUUAAGUGUCAUCCGGCAAAUUAUGUCAUUUUCUGUGUCAUUUUCAUGACAACUGGUGUCACUUUUGAUGCAAAGAGGACAGUGUUUCUGUCGUGACAACUUGACAUACAAAUGAUGUCGCUUUUGAUGCCAAGUUGACAUUGUUUCAGACAUCUUUGUCAUGAUGUGACAGAAGACAAAAUUAUGUAUAGUAAACUUGAAAUAGGAGACCGUGAUAUCACGAGUCAUGACAGUGUCAUACACUGAUUUUAUGAUGUAAUUACAUGUAUGACAUUUUAAAAGUUUUUUUUUCUCCAAUGUUUCCACUUUAUUGUGAAUUUAGAGAGACCAGUCAUGACAUUGUCAUAACCUGAUUUGACAGUGUCAUCACACACUUGUAUAUCAAGUUGUCAUGACAAACAGCGUUAACUUUGCAUCAAAAGUGACAUACAGUCAUUCAGGUCAACUUGUCUUGACAAUUUGCCAGAUGACACCUAUGCUCAUGACAAUAUCAUGCCAUAUUUAUGAGUCUUAUGAAUCCACUGUCAAAUAAAGUGCUACCCAAAAGCCUAGAGUAAAUACGUAUAACACCCAUUUCAAAACAAUUUCCUCUGUUGACUUUGACAGACUUUGAAUGAGUCAAUACCGAACAUGACCGUUCGUUUUUCACCAUUCAAAGCAACUUUCCAAGUGCGCGAGACGACUUUGUGCUCGACUUUGUUCUCAUGCGGCGCGCACGAUGACACGCAGCUGCGGUAGUCUUUAUUAGCAUUUUGAAACGGACACGACGGAGCUCACAGCAUCAUACGGCAUGCGCGUUUGACUUUAAGGGGACCUUGAGUGGAAGUUGAGGGGCACGAAGCUGUCGCCAGCUUGAUUCCCCUCCUUCCUGUGGAUAUUGAAUAUUGAACCAUUGACCUUCAGCUGCAAGACCACUUGCUUGUUGUCCUGAAGGCAAACAUUGACCCGUACAUACAAAUGCCCAGCAGAUGGCACUGUUAUUUCAGGCCAAACAUACCCACGUGCUGUAUGCGAAUGUAAGCAGAGGUGGGUAGAGUUUCUAAAAGUUUACUAAAGAGUAGCAUUACCUCAAAAUAACAUUACUCAAGUAAAAGUCAUCUAUAAAUGUACUAAAGUGCAAGUAAAAAAAAGCACCAGUGUCAAGCUUCGCAGGUAGUGUGGGCCCAAGUGCAGGGAAAAGAAAGCAGUGAGGCAGACCUGCAGUGGACAAUGAUUUGAUUAAGUCUAACCAAAAACAAAGUAUUGACCAAUAUUGUGGGGAUCCAAAAACUCAGGUCACUAACAAAAGGCUUGAUAUCAAAAACCUACUUGGACGGACACAAGGGCUUGGACGGAGAAAACUGCUGGGAAAAGACGCUGACGUGCACAUGGACACUGACAAUGACGCAACAAGGAGUGAAAAGGAACUGGGAGCUUAUAUACACACACAGACAAGGGGUAACGAGACAACGAGGAACAGGUGGGUGACACAGAAGGAUUGAGGAUACACUAGGAGCAGGUACAACAGGUGAAAUCAAUGGGCAAUUGCAGGGACACACUAGGAGGGAACUAACACAAAACCUAACAAUCAGUGAAUGUGUAACAGCUUACUAUAUGAAAUUUUUCCUUUCUUGCACAACAUCCUCUGAAUGAACUGUUAUUAUACUGAACUAACCUAUUACAUGAACAUAUUAUUUGGACAGAAAAAAAAAAAAAAAAACAAGAAUAGAAAAUGAAAUAUUUUCCGUCCAAAGAGUAUCCUCUAGUGGAGGAAAAAGAUUUCCUAACAUGAAAUGAAAACAAUCAUAUCUCUAAUUUUCCGUAGUCUGUCGGUGCCAAAUAAAAGGCAUAUGAGGUUAUGAUUAGGGCUGUUCAGUCAGGGAAUAGCGGGCAGGAAGACAAGGUGGACCCAAACACAGGGAAAACAAAAGGCAAAAAUGUAAAGGCAAGGCAAAGUGGCAGAAAACUAAAAAAAUGUUCAUUGAUAGUUAACAAAAAAAAAGUACAGAACAGACAAAAAUUACGGGGAUCAAACAAAAGGGUUCAAAACUUACUCAAGCAGGGAUUCAGGAACAACAAAGGUAAGAAUGAUGACGAGACAGACGUUUGGAUAGACAUUGACAAUGACGCAACAAGGAGUAAAUAGAAACUAAGAGCUUACACAGACAAGAGGCAGGGUAACGAGUCAAUAAAGCACAGGUGGGUGAUACAAGAGGCAGUGGAUUGGUGGAUACACAAGGAGCAUGAGGACACAACAAGUGACUGAAAUAUAUGGGUAAUCACAAUGAGCACACACGCG